ACGGUGCACUAGCUAGUAGGCUAGCCACCGGCCUUUUGGCAUGUUCCUCCCUUUCUCUUACUCUGCUCGUCUCAGUCUUGGCUUGUAACAUACUUGUCUGCUGCGACAUCCAGAAACUGAAAAAUAAGAACAAGAAGGAAGACAAGGAAAAAGCACACUGCAUUUUAGGAGAGGGAUCGGCGAGGGAGAUGGGAUCUGGAGCUGGAAGCUUCCUCAAGGUGCUUCUCAAGAACUUUGAUGUUCUUGCUGGGCCUGUUGUUAGUCUUGUUUAUCCUCUAUAUGCCUCAGUUAGGGCAAUUGAGACCAAAUCUCCUGUUGAUGAUCAACAAUGGCUUACUUAUUGGGUCCUUUAUUCUAUGAUUACACUCUUCGAGCUCACCUUCGCCAAAGUCAUUGAAUGGAUACCAAUCUGGUCAUAUGCGAAGCUCAUUCUCACAUGCUGGUUGGUGAUCCCAUACUUCAGUGGCGCUGCAUAUGUUUAUGAGCACUUAGUGAGACCUCUCUUUGUUAACCCACAACAAACCAUUAAUAUCUGGUACAUCCCAAGAAAGCAGGAUGUCUUCAGAAAGCCAGAUGACAUUUUAACUGCUGCUGAGAGAUACAUUGAAGAGAAUGGGACUGAAGCAUUGGAGAAGCUGAUUCACAGGGCUGAUAAGUCCAGGAGUAGCCGUUACCCAAACACAAUCUUCAAUGAGGACUAUAGAUAUUAAGGCUUGCAACUCUCAAUUUGCUCAGUUACCUGGUACAUUUUCGUUGGAUAUGACUCUGACUAGAGUUUUGGGCUUAUCUUCGUAGCCAAAACAAGAGUUUUCUUUCGUGUAGGAAACUGGAUGUUAUAAUGUUACAAUAUGUACUUGCCUGUCAUUUUGUUUCUUUUUUCAUUUUUGAACCCUGCACAUAGACCUUUCUCAUGGAACUAAAAGACACGUAUUAUUUAAAGAUAUCAUGCAUCAAUUCUUCGCUA